AUGAUGAAUUUGGAGUACAACGCGAUUACUACAGAUAUAAUUCUUGACAAGAGACUGUGUUUUGCAGUUGAAUCUGCAAGUCAUUUUCUUCGUUACUUCGAAGACAUUGAGGAUGUUGAGGGCCAGUUAAUAAUUAUGAAUAACACUGGUAUCAAGAACCUUGCAUUUCUAAAGUCUCUUCUCAGAGUAUCCGAUUACACAACUAAACGCCCAAUUUUUCGGAUUGCGGAUAACCCUAAUUUGACCUCAAUAGAGCCCCUACAUAAAGUUGAGCUCGACUAUUCCCCUUAUGAGGUGCAUUUGGCUGCUCUUAUCGAGACUUAUUCGAAGAUAAGCGACCACGAACAGAAAGAGCUAGGAACACAAGGAAGAGUCGAGUUCCGCGUGAAAGAAAGGCUGCAUCCAACUAAGGGAAGGAGAUCGAAGAAAAAAGGAGAUCGGAAAGAACAUGCCGACAAUUUGGGUGUAGGAAUAGCACUCUCCGUUGGUGGGUGCCUGAUAAUCAUAAUAUUUGGAUAUGGAUAUUCAUUCUUCGCCUAUCUUCGGGAACAGCGUGAGCUUAAAAGACAGCAGCAGCCAGGAGGAGGUCAAGCAGCCCCGGUAGAGCGAGCACCGUGA